GAAAAGAUGGUGCUUUGGCCAGAUUCGGUAAACAUGCUGCCGUCCAAAAAACUAGAACAGAUCCACCCUGCCAGACACGGCCGGAGUACGCGAGAAGUGGUCGAACCGAACGCACGCUGUUCGUAAACUUCGUCUUUGAUAUACUAAUAAGUUUACCGUAUCGUAGUUAGCCUUGCAUCACCAUGGGAGUGUGGAGCGCUUGUACUGUGCUGCUGAUACCGCUGCUCUGUGGCUUGAGCCAUGGUUCGCCGGAUCUGGGACUGGACAUUUCGAUCGACUUUGUUACGAGCAAUAACCCCAACAUCCAAUCGGCCGCCGGUAUGGUAUCGUUCACUACGUCCGAUUUGCAGGGCGCGAUCGGUGGCUACCAGCUUGCCAAGCUGAACGGCGCCACCAACCUGAUCGUGUCGGGCGAAGCGCUGAUUUCCCUCGUCGGUAACAUCACCGUCAACGUGAACGAUGUGCUGCGCAAUAUCUCGUUCGUGUCGAGCAACAAGCAGACGGCCCCGUCCUGUAUGUUUGGCAGCAUGAACGCCACCAUGGAUCGGGCAUUCGCUUCGCUCGAUCAGGCGAGCACGCUGAUCAAGAGCAUCCAGACGUCUACGUCUUCCCAGAACACUGGCGCUCUCACGUCCUGGGUGAUGAUGAUCCAGACGGCGAUGACGGACAUCUCCACCUAUCUGGACCAGCUGUACAAGGGUGUGGCGGCGGUGCUUGCCUCUGGCCAGCCGCUAACGCAGUCCACCAUUCAGGCAAACAUCAACCAGGCCGUGCUGUUCAAUCUGGCCGGUGCCAUUUCGGUAGUGACGACCGCGGAGAAGGGUCUUACCACGACCGUGCGCGCGAUUCGCUCCUCGUUCGAACAGUCGGGCAACAUUCUGAACUCUUACAGCAACGAUCUGAACAAUGCGUUGAACUCGGUCAACAAUACGCAGAGGGAUUACUACAACCAGGUGGUGGGCCGCAUUUCCUCCUACCAGGGCAAGAUCUCGUGGGAGUUCGGCUGGGGUGUGACCGAUAUCAAGAACACACUGUCGCGCGUGAACAGCUUCGUCUUCGAUCAGGAUACGAGCAAAGCGGCCCAGCAGCUGAACAUCUCGAUCGGUGUCACCAAUACCGCGAUCCAGUCCAACUCAGUCAUCAUCCAGAGCAGCAUGCAGAGCCAGAUGACGCAGAUCUUUACCGGCGCGGAAUCGUUCAUUCAGACCAACGUAAAGGCGCUGGUGCCGGUGUUUGAUAAGUCCCUGUUCGGUCUGGCCGCCACCAUGUCCGGGGGUGGCGCGUUCGCUAGCAACUGCAACUUCAAGUACGGUGGCGCCAUCACGAACCUCGAGAACAACAUGCGGGACGGACUGCAGAAGUGCUUCAAUGACUAUGCCAACACGGGCUACACGGACUCGUUCGUCAGCGAGUACAACAUGGUGAUCCGCGAGCAGACGCGUACCAUCGCAAACCGCAUCAACUUCUGCCUUAAUCUGGGCUCCAACACCUCGCCCAAGGUGAUCAAGCUUGGCAUUGCGGCGUGUCUUUCUGAGACGGUCGCGCUGAGCGAUGCCCUGAUGAAGGAUGUAAGCAUCCAGUCGAAGCUGGUCGUGGCAAUGAUCAAUCUCGAGAGCUUGGCAACGGUGCAGCGUGUGGAGAGCUGUGCGGCCAUCCUGAACCACGGACUGGUGGCCAAGGCGGCCAAGCUGGAUCAGCUGUUGGCUACCUGCCAAACGACCAACCAGUAGUGUAGUAGUAGAGGAAUAAAAGAAUGAGGCGUAAUAGCUGUAUGUGUGCGAGUAUACUCGACGAACUAAUAAAUAAUACCAAACCGAUGGGUUGAUGGAUAUUAGUA